UAUCUCUUGCAUAUAUAUAUCUGUUGCUUCAUGAUAAAAAAUGGCGAGAAGAUUUCUGCAGCAGUGGAUGCCUUCUGCGUGUCGUCAGUACACAAGGUCGCACUGUAACAUAAGAUGGUUAGAUUCCUUAAAGGCUCAACGUCAUCCUCAGAUUCCCCAGACCAACUGUCCAACCAAACAAACCUGGCGGACGAUCUGUACUUCAGCACAUUGGAACAGAUUUUGUUUGAAUACCAAGAAACCAUCAACCUCUAGACAGUUCUUAUUUGACUUUUCAACCGGUCGGUCUAGGACUUUGCUGUAUGGGCGCGACAGGCCGGUGAAAGUUUUGAAGAGAGAAUUCAAAACUUCUCCGCAACAUCAAGCCCUUCCUGCUGUGAUCGCUCUUCUAGUUGUCAAACCGAUUGCAAAAUUAACUGCAAUAUUCAGCGGGCGUUUCUUCAGGAAUUGGUGGAAAGCACUACCUCACAAUAAAAGACAAUACUUCUAUGAAAGCCUACGUAGGAACAAGUACACGAUUGCAGCUGCCUUGGCCGGGUUAACAGGAGUUGGUGCUCUCUACUAUUACAGUCACUUACAAAUGACACCAAUUACUAACAGAAGACGUUUCAUAGCACUUACAGACAACCAGUUCAGAAAAAUUGCUGAAACAGAGUAUGAAAAAAUGAAGUCGCUACAUGUUGAUAACUGCGUGCACAGCUCACAUCCUCUUUACUUGACCAUCGGAAGAAUUGUGUUGAAGAUUACGGAAGCCAAUCAAGAUAUUCCACGGAUAGCGGACCGGACGUGGACAAUACACAUCAUUGACAAAGAUGAAAAGAAUGCAUUUGUAUUGCCGAAUGGUGAAAUCUUUGUCUUUACUGGUAUUCUGAAAGCUGUCUCGAAUGAAGAACAACUUGGCACGGUGCUUGCUCAUGAGAUAGCACAUGUUGUUCUCAACCACGCUGCAGAGCAAGUCAGCUUUACCGAGUUUGUUGAUCUGCUUCUUAUCGUGGUCUUGGCAGCACUCUGGGCUCUUCUACCGAGUGAUGGGAUAGCGCUGGUGGCAACGUGGUUCAAACAGAAAGUCGUGGAGCUCGUACUUGAAAUGCCCUACAGUCGUAGUCUUGAAGCUGAGGCAGAUGAAGUUGGUCUUAUCCUUGCAGCAAAGAGCUGUUUUGACGUCCGUGAAAGCAAGGCCUUCUUGGAGUCCAUGGCGUUACAGAGUAACGGCGGUGGGGAAGACUUAGACAUUGAAUGGCUGAGUACACAUCCAACACACCAGAACCGAGCAGAUAAACUAGACACCCUCAUGCCACAAGCACUGGCGUUACGGAAACUUUGUAAAUGUCCACCUCUCCCGAAGAUUGACCCAUCACUCGCUGUUCAGAAACAGAAGGAGAUUCUCCAGGAGGAGCGGGAGAGGAGGAAAGAACAGCCAGUGGUCAUGUCAGGUAUACAAAUAUCAUCAUAACAGAAUGACGCUAGUCGUGACCGAGCAGUCUUGGUCAGUGGACCCAAGCUCUGGUGUUGUCAACAGCAGAGGGUGGGUUCGAUUCCCGGUCAUGACACUUGACCAAGGCAUCCAAUUAUCUUCAUAGUAGAAUGAAUCGAACAUCAAUGUGCCGAGUCAAGGGUGAGCAGUCUAAGUCAAUGAACCCAAGCUUUUUGGUGUUUUCAGCAGCAGACUGUGUGUUAAAACUCCAGUCAUGACACUUUGAAGGCACAAUAACCGUAAUUGCUUCGUAAAAAAAGUUUGGAAGGUAAUGAA